AUGGUCCGUGCCAAGACUUGCAUCAUGCGUCGUCCUGCCGCGCGCCCUAGAAAGACCUCCCAGAAAGAACAUCGGGCCAAACGGGACCGAUUCCAGCGUCGUGUGGGGACGCUGCCGCGACACCAUGGGUGGGUCAUCGAUCAAGCAAGCACGGCUCAGGAAGCACUGUCUCUCUCUCAGCGUCUCUCUGCACAAGAAGAGUCUGGUCUCUCAGCAAUCUCAGUGAAGGUUCUGGGCAAGGGUGAGACGCCUGACAGCUGUGUGGUUGAAGUACGCAGCAUUAAGCCGGGGGUCCACCUGGCGGACAUUGGCAGCGACAAACUCUACCAACGCUUGUGCGAGUUAGAGGCUCUGAAGGCCGAGGUUCUAGAGGAGAUGAAGCCCAUAUGGGACAUUUUAACAUCACGCAAUGUGUUUGUGCAGCUUCCCGAUUCUGAGUCGGAAGGCUCGGAGGGCUCGGUCUGA